CUUGAAGUAUUAAUCACUGAGUUUGAGGCUAAGAAAACUGAUAAGAAAGCUAGGCUUGAAGUAUUAAGACAGAGCUUUGCUAAGCUUGAAACUAGAAUUCUAAAACUAGAGCAGAAUUAG